AUGGCUUCUACUGGCGCUUCUUCCGGAACUUCCAGGCCUGGUUUGGCAUUGGAUCAUGUUCUCUCACUUGCUGCUUCAUGUCUCAACAAAGAUGCACCUAACUUGAAAACGGCGCCAGAGGUAAUCGCGUUGGUGGGCCAUGCAUGUAUGACUGCGGUAGGCUUCAGAUUGAUCGGGUUGGGUGAGGAGCAAAAAAUUGAACCGGCCUCCAAGUUACCCAAGGAGUGGAAUGCAACGACAACAUAUUCGUUUAAGUACGCUCACGAGCAAUCAUCAAUGCACUAUCUUCUCAAGAUUAUUCAACUUGGCAAUAACGCCGUAAUAUCUGCCCUUGCGCUCGGUGACGACAAGGCCUCGUCUUUUGAUGUUCCCGCUCGCGAUUAUAUUUCACUUUCUGCUCUGCCACUGUCUCCAAGCCCAGAUCUCGCGGCUGCCUUGCAGUUUAUUUUCAUAUCCAGCAACCGCCUGAAUGAUCUUAUUUCAUUAUUCCGAAUAAACGUUAUCCAAAGGCUCGCUCCAGGCCUCCAAAAAGAAGGCUAUGAAGAUAGCUUUCAGAGCGCCAGCGAAUCGCGAGAUCGAGAGGCAGCCCGGCCACGAACCCCACCACGUGACCGGGAUGACCCCCGCCACCCCGCCGAGGUUUAUCCGCUGCGAGACCCACUUGCCGCUCCGCCCCGCCGUCCUGUUCCCGCCGGAGACUUUCCUCCCCCAGGCUUUGAAGAUGAGUACGAAAUCAAUGCACCACCUCGUUGGUUGCACGCUGGUCCUCCUUACAGUGGAGAGCGACCACUAAAUAUCGGCGAGAGAGAUUUAUACCCCCCAGGACUUAGCCCACAUGAUCCACUGCGGCCACAUUUUGGGCCGCCUAGGGGCGGCGGCGGUAUGCAUCCUACCUUUGACGAUCCAAUGUUUGGUGGGAAUGGAGGCCAAGCCGGCUCGUUUGAUCCACAAGUCCCUCCUGGAGCACGAUACGAUCCCGUAGGACCCAGCGAUGGACGUCCGUUUGGGCGCGGACUUAGAAGACCUAUGCCUGGUCGGGGCAACCCCCCAACGGGAAAUGGUUUUGGGGGCUUUGGAGGGGGUUUUGGUGGAGGUAUAAUUUAA